AUGUAUUCUUCACGAUUUGUGGGUGCAAUGUGCUCUCGCCGUCAGCUGAGGCUUGCAGCUCCAUAUCUCUGCACGCGCCGUCGCCAAUCUCCACCACGCAGUGUUCUUUCGCUGACCCUCUUCAACCCUUCUCUCGCCUGCCAAUGCUAUUUCGGACCCCCCAUGCCUAUGCUUUGGUCCAUCCGCGAACACGACGCCUUUUCGAACUCCGAAUCGAUAUUUCCUAGGGUAAUUGACAACACAACGAAUGGUAUUUACUACACGCAAGGGAGUAAUCAGGGCUGGAAAAAGAACCUGAGCGGAGAGGAAUCGAGCGACUCGCACAACGCCGGAGUUGUUGGACCAAUGUCUUCGCCGGACCUAUCCUCUACACCUGCGAAAAGUGUGUCUUCUGGGGGUACCACCGCGAAGAAGCCACAAUCGCCUCAGAAAGAGGAUAGGCCACAACCUCUUGCCAAUGGAAGUAAUCGGCUCUCUACUGGAUCUUCUAAAGGUGUAAGAGGUGAAAUGCGCAGCUCAGGCGCCAAGUCUGACUACUGGCAUAAGAAUGCCGAAAGACGCGAUAGUGACAAGCCGAGGGCGUUUUACCAGCGCAAUGACAGAUAUCAGUCGCGAAAUCCUCAUGCUCCUCCGAAACUCACCCCAGCACAGCGCAAGGCUCGUGGUCCACUUCCAGAUUGGGAGGAUAUUCAAGAUGGAGAGGAUAACUUCGACUACAUGAAUCUAAUGGACUCGCAGUACGCGCAGUACUAUGCCAUGUCAUCGAUACCACCAUUUGAUGGUGUUGGAGGCAUGGAUCCGCAAGUGGCAAGCAUGAUGAUACAGCAGGCACAGCAGCACAUGGCUGCUUUUGGUUUCCGACCAGCAAUACCACUGAUGCAACCACACAUAGUGGCUCCCCCUGAGCCAGUUGGCGUUACGCCGCUUCUCAGUCCUCAAGGUGCUGUCCUAACUGCUGCAAUUGGCGAUUCCAUCAAUACAGCGAUACCAUUUGCGCCGAUCUAUCCAACACAGCCUCCAUUUGUUCCUCUCAAUGAUGAAACGUUGAAGGAUUGCGUUCGCAAACAAAUCGAAUACUAUUUUUCUGCCGACAACCUUCAGAAGGACUUCUUCUUACGCCGCAAGAUGAAUGCGGAAGGAUUUUUGCCCAUCACUCUCAUUGCCUCUUUUCCUCGUGUGCGAUCUCUGACACAAGAUCUUGCACUUAUCUGUGAAGGUCUUCGCGAUAGCGAUAAGGUGGAACUGUCCGAAGACGCUAAUAUGGUUCGCCCACGUUUGAAUCCCACUGAAUGGCCCCUUACCCCAACGGUUCACCCCGCACAGCCAACUACUAGCCAAAGCGGAAGUCCAUCUGCACCUAAUCCAGAAUCUUCGGAACCAGCAGAUGCAAAGAUUAAAUCUGCGCAAGAGGAGCAGCCAACACAAAGCACGGAGGUCAAAGGCAAUGUAGCAGCGACAGAAGUCUCGAGCAAAGCUAACAGGCAACCUAAUGCUGCUGAAAAGGGCUCAGAAGCGCAGCCGCGAGCUACUUUGCCUGUCAAACAGCCAUCGGCUUCUGCAGAAGAAGGUUGGGAAGAAGUUAAACCAAAAAAGAAGGGUAAAAACCGUUCGGAGAAGCUUUCCUCGUCAAAAGAAGUGAGUGCAGAGCAGGAUCUGGAUUUUCAAUUUGACAAUGAACUCGAUAGCACUACGGGAAUCACGGAGACACCCAGAAAGGACAAACAGAAAAGUUUUCGACUGAGGUAUGCUCUUUGA